AUGCCUUCGCUCUUCGAACCCUGCGCGCCGCCCGAGUCCUCGCUCGCGCGCUACCGCUUGCUCUCCCCGACGGCCGGCGUGCACGUCUCGCCCAUCCAGCUUGGAGGGAUGAGUAUCGGCGACCAAUGGACGGAGCUCGGUAUGGGCUCCAUGGACAAAGAAUCGAGUUUUAAGCUCCUCGACGCGUUCUUUGAUCACGGCGGAAACUUUAUCGAUACCGCGAACGUCUACCAAGACGGCUCCUCCGAGCGCAUCAUCGGCGAAUGGGCAGAGAAGCGCGGGAUCCGCGACAGACUGUUCCUCGCGACAAAGUACACACAGAACAUCCACCUGCGCGACGCAUCGAUGCCCACACAAAAGCCGCUCUUCGUCGGGAACAACGCGAAAUCACUCCGGCUCUCCGUCGCACGGUCCCUAGAAAACUUCCGGUCGGACUAUAUCGAUCUGCUGUACGUCCACUUCUGGGACUGGGAGACGAGCGUCGAGGAGGUUAUGCAGAGUCUGCAUAAAUUGGUGGUGCAGGAUAAAGUUUUGUAUCUGGGCGCGUCUGAUAUGCCUGCGUGGGUCGUCGCGAGAGCCAACCAAUACGCGCGCGAUCAUGCGCUGACCCAGUUCUCCGUCUACCAAGGUGCAUGGAAUCUGAUGGACAGAGCUCUAGAAAGGGAGAUCAUCCCAAUGGCCAGAGCAGAGGGAAUGGCACUGGCGCCUUGGAACGUCCUCGCUGCUGGUAAAUUCCGCACGGACGAGGAAGAGCAGAAGCGAGAGGCCAGUGGAGAGAAUGGGCGCGGUGUAUUUGGCGACUGGAAACGCACCGAGAAGGAAAAACUCGUCUGCGCCGCUCUGGAGAAAGUCGUAGGCGAAGUAGGGACCAAAUCUAUCACUGCCGUGGCAAUCGCGUACCUGAUGCAGAAAACACCCUAUGUGUUUCCUAUCAUUGGGGGACGGAAAGUCGAGCAUCUGAUCCAGAACCUCGAAGCGCUGGACAUAUCGCUCUCGGACGAGCAAAUCAAGUACCUCGAGAGCAUUGUCCCCUUCGACCCCGGCUUCCCAUCGAACAUUAUCGGUGUUGGCACGCACUACAUUCGCGGGUUUACCGCCACUGCCAAUUUCGACAAGAUGCCUGCUUUGCAGCCCAUCAGACCGCCUCCAAAAAACGCUUCGACUUAG